UUCGUUUUGAAUAAUCUUUGAUGCGGUCCGUAUAUAUACAAGACGAGCGCCCCUUUGUUCUCUCGUGAGCACUCCUCUCUUUUCCUUCAACUUAACUUUGAAAGUCCUUCCUUUCAUUCCCUCUUUAUCUCCAAGCUUUUUAUGAUCCUCUAGUUUCGCGAAUCGCGAUCCGUCCUCUCAAGUGAAUGAGUUCUAGCCUUCAAUGUGAUAGGAGGAAGAACAACUUGGAUCUUGUUUCCAACCAUGAAACUCUGAGAUUUGCGUCGCUCGUUUUCGCCGAUCAUUCACAGUGCUUCUGAGAGAUAGUGUCAGUACUAGCCCGAUCUGAUCAUUCUCACUCACUCAUCAUCGCACAUGUUCUUCCCAUCACUUCACGUCUUGCCUUUUGAGAAGUGACCUGCAAGCAUUGCUGUGGUUGGAAUCAAGGAAGAAAAGAGACAAUCCGUGAUAGUGUCAAGACAAAGAAAGCAAAGAGAAAUCCCAUCCCGGUCGAGCGAGCAAGCAAGCAAAAGCAAAAGCAAAGCAGUGCGGCAGUAUGGUGCAAAAGGAAAGCCACGAUCACGUCAACGACACGGACCUGGACAAUGUGGAAGUCAUCAGCAUCAAAGACCAGGUGAUCUCCCAGGCAGUGCAACGUCCACCCGCAAAGUCGUUGCUCCAAACGUUCUCCACCACUUCCAAGGAGACGCUCUUCCCGGACGAUCCGUUUCGACACUUUCGCAACAAGCCGUCGCACCGCCAGGCCAUCAUGCUGAUGCAAUACUUUUUCCCCAUUCUCGACUGGCUUCCAAAGUACAAGCUCGGCUUCCUCAAGAAUGACUUCAUCGCUGGCAUCACCACAGCAAGCCUGUCAAUCCCCCAGGGAAUCGCUUAUGCCAAGCUCGCAAACUUGCCACCAGUUGUAGGACUAUAUUCGUGCUUUCUCCCGCCGAUGGUGUAUGCCAUCUUUGGCAGCUCCCGGGACUUGGCCGUAGGACCAGCUGCGGUCAUCUCCAUUGUGCUGGGAACUCUCAUCCGAGAGGACCUCGGACCCGAAGUAACGGACCCGCGAGCACACUUGAGCCUCGCUUUUACUUCCACCUUUUUUGCGGGCCUCUUCCAAUUCUCGCUGGGAUUUCUCAGGCUUGGCUUUGUCAUUGACUUCCUAUCGCACGCAGCGACUGUUGGGUUCGUAGCCGGGGUGGCGGUUGCCGUGUGCCUUCAGCAGAUGAGAGGCAUCCUCGGCAUCCAAAACUUCACCAAGAAAUCGGACGUUGUCUCCGUUUUACAUUCCAUCUUCCGUGACCCAGCACAUUGGAAUUGGCGAACCGUUGUGAUUGGGAUCUGCUUCCUCACCUUCCUUCUGGGAAUGAGGCAAAUCAGCAAAAGGAACAAGAAACUCUUCUGGCUUUCAGCUAUCGCACCUGUAACAUCGGUGUUCCUGGCAACGGUGUGUGUGUUUGCAACGCACGCCAACGAGCACCUCAGCAUUGUAGGACAGCUCAGGAAAGGGAUCAAUCCUCCAUCCUUCAAGGAGCUACACCUGACCGGGCCUCUGGUAUCAAAGGCAAUGAAAAACGGGGUCAUUGUAGCAAUCAUCGGUCUCAUGGAAGCUAUUGCGGUGGGACGAACAUUUGCAUCGAUCAAGAACUAUCAUAUCGACGGCAACAAGGAGAUGAUCGCUUUUGGAAUGGUGAACAUGACGGGGUCUUGCAUGUCCUGCUACAUCACGACUGGAGCAAUGUCGCGAACGGCAGUGAACAACAGCGCGGGAUGUAAGACGUCGCUGUCGUGCAUUUUCAUGGCGCUCAUCGUCAUGGUAACACUUCUCGCCUUGACACCACUCUUCCACUACACGCCCAACGUCAUCCUCUCUGUGAUAAUCUUCUCCGCUCUCAUCACACUCAUCGAUCCCGUGGAAGCGUACCACAUCUGGAAGGUUGACAAGAUCGACUUUCUGGCCUGCCUGGGAGCGUUUCUCGGCGUCUGCUUCCAGUCCAUUCAGCUGGGAUUACUCAUAGCGGUUGCCAUCUCCAUCGGAAAGAUUUUGCUGCAUGUCAGCCGGCCACACACAGCAACGUUAGGCAAGAUUGCUGGCACCAGCAUCUAUAGGAGCAUCGAGCAAUACCCCAAAGCUGUAAGGAUCCCGGGAGUUCUCAUAGUUCGCAUAGACGCGUCCAUUUACUUCUCAAACUCCAACUACAUACGAGAAAGGCUGACAAGAUAUAUAGAGGAAGAGCAAGGGAGAGACAAGCUUCCGGGUGAAAGCGCAUUAAAAUACCUCAUACUCGACCUCACACCGGUCAUGACCAUCGACACGUCUGGGCUUCACGUCCUGGGAGAGAUUCUCAGAAAUCUAAACUUGAUGGAAAUGCAGCUGGCUCUAGCGAACCCAGGGGCAAACCUCAUAGAAACUCUACACAAGUCGGGUUUCGUGGAGAAGCUGGGCGAGCAAUGGGUGUUCCUGACAGUGGACGACGCAGUGGAGUACUGCUCAGUCAAUUUGCAAAAGACGAAGGAGAUGCCAGAAGUGACCAUACAAAGAUGAUGGGAGGAAAAAAGAAAAAGGACUGAUUGAGAAAUAGAGGAGAGAUCGACACCAAAGUUUUGGGGACUGACGAACAGUCAACAAAGCAAGCAAAGUAGCUCGUACCUUGGAGGGCGCCCAAGUUGAGCACCGAGUGGAAUGGGGAAUGGAAAAUGGAAAAUGGAACCCUUGUUUUGGUAGUGAAACUUCUAAGUUUAGAAGACACUAGAUAAACAUAAACAAGAAUCCCACUCUGGAUUGUUCUU